AUGGAGCUCGAGUUCGUUCUCUGCCUGGCGGUUCCCGGGUAUUUACUCCAUCUCGCGCACAUCUUCCCUCACCUGCUCGUGCCACCGGACGUGCUACCUCUCAACACCAAACCCGAAGAUUCAGAUGCCGCGCGCUUCGGUCGGUAUCUCGCCUACCUUUACGACUAUUGGAGGAAGCCAGAAUAUGCACAGUACCUCACACAUCCUGGUACCGUUUUGCGAAACCUUGAGUUGUUACAACAAGAGCAGUUCAAGAAAGAUCUGGUCAACCCGAACCUACGGCAUCAGGUUGCAUACGGACUUGAGCUGGUAGACCCUCCACCGUCGCAGCCUGCGAAUGGAAAGAUAAUGGUGGAAGAUGCGGAUGCUCAGAUUGACAAAGCGGCACCAGAGGAUACGGCGGCAGUAGGAACGGCAGCUUGA